AUGGAAGAAAACAACACCAGAGAUUUGAUCAGGCAGCUACAAGCCCAGAUUGAGGCGCAGGCAAGAACCAUACAGGAACAACAGGAGACUCAGCGCAAACAAGCGGAGAAAAUUGAAACGCAGGAAGAUAAUGAAGGUAGCAGUCAUGGGGGGCAUUCCGAACCUGACGGGGGAAGGAAGAGACCCAAAUCCCUUCUGUUCACCAACCUACUUCCGUUUACGGAAGCCAUCAUGCAAACUACUAUGCCGGAGAAACCUCCUCCAACAUUAGAAAGAUACGACGGCUCAGCGGAGCCAGAUAACCACCUCAGAAACUUCAUCGAUGCGAUAACAUUCUACACGGAUAGCGACCUAGUCAUUUGCCGAGCUUUCUCCUUGUCUUUGAAAGACGAAGCAUUGGAGUGGUACCAUACUCUCCCUCCAAACACGGUAGAUUGUUUUGCCACGAUAAAAGCUCUCUUCAGAAGACACUAUGCCACCAAUAGAAGGCAGGAGAUGACGCCGACGGAGCUGAGGUACAAUGAGGCUGCAAGACGAGUGAAAGACGCGAAUCACACCUUCAUAAUAAGCAAUUUACCCUCAUGUUUAAGACCGGGGUAUUUUGUUGAACAAUUGUACGCUAAACCACCAAAAUCUAUGGAAGAACUCCAGGAGACGAUCGCUAAAUUCAUACGCAUCGAGGAUCUAAAAAACUCAAGGAGAAAGCAACAACAAGAAGUUCCCAACAACGAAAACAAGAAGGAGGCGAAGCGAUCAUCUAAUGACAACAAAGGUGACAGGCCUCCUCGAAAGAAGAAAUCCUCACCAAAAAAUGCUGAUGAAAGUAAAGCAUGUCGUCUCCACCAAAACCAUGGUCACAACACGGAAGACUGCAACAUAGUAAGAGAUGAGAUAGAAAGACUCGUCCGUGCGGGAUAUCUCCAAAAAUAUGUAAAAGGGGAAGCACACAGGGAAAUAAGCCCACCCAGGAGAGGAACUUCGCAUAGAAGUCCCAAACGUCUAUCUCAUAGAGACGAUCGACAAGGGCAACGCUCCCGAAGCCGCACUCGAGACCUUGUGCGUGAAAGGUUGGUCCGGGGACGAAUCAACACCAUAUCUGGAGGCUUCGCUGGAGGAGGGGCAUCAUCUUCUGCCUGCAAGAGACAUUUGAGAAGCUUAAAGACUGUGCACAUGGUAGAUCGACAAUCUCGGUCUACGCCAAAUAUCACCUUCACAGAUGCAGACUUCCACGCUCCUGAUCCUGAUCACGAUGACCCCAUGGUCAUCACCACCGAGAUAGCACGAUAUGAUAUUAGUAAAGUGUUAAUCGAUCAAGGUAGUUCGGUCAACAUCUUGUACUGGACCACAUUCCUUAAAAUGGAUCUAUCCGAAGAUCUGAUAGCCUCUUUCAAUGAGCAGAUUGUAGGAUUCGCAGGAGAAAGAGUAGAUACUCGAGGAUAUCUCGACUUAAGAACUCGACUCGAGACAGGUAAAGAAGCAAGAGAGCUCAGGGUAAGGUUCUUGCUCGUAGAGGCGAACACUUCAUACAAUGCACUACUGGGACGACCUUGUUUGAACGCCUUCGGAGCCAUCGUAUCCACCCCUCACUUAGCUAUGAAAUUCUCGUCGGAAAGAGGAAUUGUCUGUACAGGUGACAUCAAGGCAUUCCUACUGGGAAAGGACGAGUCACAAACCACGACCAUCGGUGGUAACCUGGAGCCGAACAAUGAAUAUAAUUUGGUAGAGAUGUUGAGAACCAAUGCUGACCUAUUUGCUUGGGAAGUUGCCGAUAUGCCGAGAAUCCACCCCAAAGUAAUGACACACAGGGUAUCCAUUUUCAAAGUAGCACGCCCAAUCGCUCAAAAGAAACAGAGGUUCGGUGAAGAAAAGCGAGGCGCCAUACAAACAAAGGUCACCAAGCUACUGAACGCUCGGUUCAUUAGAGAGGUAACCUACACAACGUGA